UUUCGGGUCGAGGUGGCCCUGCAAGACAUCAAUGACCAUUCGCCAGUUUUCCCUGCUGAACGAGUCACUUUUAAGAUUCCCGAAAGGGGCGACCCAGGCUCUCGUUUCACUUUGGAGGUUGCUCGGGACCUUGAUAUUGGCAGCAACAGCGUCCAGACAUACAGCAUCUCUCCAGAGAACGAAUAUUUUAGCGUCUCCUAUGGGAGUCGGAUUAGGGGCAAGAAAUAUGUUGAACUUGUUUUGGAAAAACCGCUGGACAGAGAGGAACAGGCAGAGAUGCAUUUUAGUCUCAUUGCUGUAGAUGGGGGCUCUCCACCCAGGAGUGGGACCACCCAAAUUCACAUAGUAAUUCUGGAUGUCAAUGACAACUUCCCAGUCUUCCCACAUGAGGUGUACGAUGUGCAGGUAUUGGAAAACGCACCUGAGGGCUCUGUGGUCCUAACUGUGUUGGCAACAGAUCGGGAUGCGGGAACGAAUGGGAAUGUCUCCUAUGAGUUCAGCGAAGCAAUGGGGCAGAGCGACUCAGCAUUUGAGAUUGAUCCCACAACAGGUGAAAUUAAACUCACAAAGACUCUGGACUUUGAGGCAGCAGAGACUCAUGAACUCAGUGUGAGGGCCACUGAUGGAGGUGGACUUUCAGCAAUCUGCAAGGUGUUGGUGGAGGUGUUGGAUGUGAACGACAAUGCACCGGAGCUGGUGGUCAGUUCCUUCAGCAGUCCC